AAACCCAUCUCUCAAUUUCAGUUCCAAAGACCAAAAGUUCUCUCCUCUUUCCCCCACAACAAAACCAUGUCACUCCCUUUCCUAACACUCAUUCUCCUUCUGCAAUCCACAAUCAUAAUCACAUCAGCAGCAGCCAAACCACUGAUGCAUAUCUGUUCACAAACCCCAAACGCCACCUUCACCCGAAACAGCACCUACGAGAGAAACCUGAGGCAGCUAAUGGGACAGCUCUAUUACCAAACACCUCCUACAGGUUUCACAAAUGCAACAAUCACAGGACAGCAACAAUCAUCCCCCGACCAGACAACUUACGGGUUAGCGAACUGCAGAGGCGAUUCGACACCAUCACACUGCCAAGCCUGCAUAGUCGAAGCAAUCACCACGGUCCACAAGACAUGUCCUUAUAGCAAAGAAGCAAUCAUAUGGCUAGACAACUGCUACCUCAAGUACUCGAGCGUCAGGUUUUUCGGCAGAGUUGACGUGAGGAACAAGUUUCACAUGGUGAACGUUAAGAAUGCUAGUGGGGAUAUUGCUCCAGGGUUUGAUGGGAUUAGGCAGCGUUUGAUGGUGAAUCUGGCUGGGGAAGCGGCAGGGGAUCCUGCCCGGUUUUACGCUGCUGGACAGGUCGAGAUUCCCGGUUCGGUCAGGAUUUAUGGGUUGGUUCAGUGUGGCAGGGAUCUUUCUGGGAGGGAUUGCAGGAGGUGUGCUGAUGGGUUGGUUGGAGAGCUUCCGAGGUUUAGUGAUGGGAAAGUUGGUGGGAGAGUUGUAAGUGGGAGUUGCAGUGUUAGAUUUGAGACUUACCCUUUCUUCAGAGCCUGAUGAUCAAAUUGAUAUAGCCUUUGGAAUGAUUGUAUGAUGUUGAAAAGAAAAGGCACGGACUUCGAUUGGAAUAGUUUUGAAAGACUGCAGAAUAGGGAAUCAUUCAUUUGGCCUUAUGUUGCUUGUUCAAUGAAUUAUUUUUUAAAUU